GACGUAAUAAACGCGUGGAAGAAUUGUAGUGAAGGGAAAAUUGAUUUCAAUAAUCCCAAAGUAUUGGCGUGCAGCUGUACCGAGACGAACUAUGAAAAUUUUGAAAACUGUUACAAUUGUCAAUCCGCCCAAGGUAAAUGGCCUUCAGACUUACCAAUG